AUGGAAUACCAGAUAUUGAAUACAUCUACCUGUCUGCUGGUCCUUCUGUUUUUCAUACCCAUCGCUUCGGGUAUCUGUCCUUCUAACUGUACAUGCUCAGGAAACGACAGGAAUGUGGACUGUUCAGGCAGAAACUUCACUGUACUGCCACAGGGACUUCAAGACAACAUCACAUAUUUAAACCUGUCCUUUAACCAGUUUGUAGAUCUCGAUCACCAGUUAACGAGAUUCACCAAUUUGAGGACCCUUGAUAUUUCAAGUAAUUGGCUCAAGAACGUUCCUGCCCACCUGCCCAAGUCCUUAUGGGAAUUAUAUGCCAUAAACAACAACAUCAAAGUUCUCCAGAAACUUGACACGGCUUACCAGUGGAAUCUCAGAGUGCUCGACGUUUCCAGGAAUAUGGUGGAGAGAGCAGUUCUGAUCAACAACACGCUCAGCAGCCUCAAGUUUCUCAAUCUCAGUAGCAACAAACUGUGGACAGUUCCAACCAACAUGCCCUACAACAUAGAGACCGUGGAUCUAUCCCACAACUUCUUGUCCCAGAUACUCCCGGGGACGCUGGUGAGACUACAGCACCUCACAAGCCUCUACCUGCACAACAACAAGUUCACGUACAUUCCCGACAAAGCUUUCGACCAGCUCUCUCAGCUGCAAGUAGUGACGCUAUACAACAACCCAUGGGCCUGCAGCGACAAACAAAAUAUCCCUUAUUUGCUCCAGUGGGUGCAGGGGACAGCUGCCAGCGUUAUCGGGGCUCCCUGCGCCAGCCAGUCCGUGCCACUGGCCCCGGUGGCUCCCACUCCCACACCCCCCGGCCUCCCGACCCAAGGGAUGAAGGCAGCAGACAAAGCGGCUCCGCCAGCAGCAGCUGACCCAACCAAAAUGACAAAAGUGCACAAACAGUUGAAAGCCAAGGAAGCGACCACCUUGGCCACCUCAAGCCGCGCGGUGCUGCUCACGAGCACAGACCGGCCCCUGCUCCUCUACCCAGAAGAUGCGACGACGCGGCAUGGCUCGCAGGAGGCAGCGGCCACGCGCACCGUCCACAUCCAGGAUCCCACCGCGGUGAACUCGAGCCUGACUCGCCCCACGGGGUCGGCCACGACUCCCAUGACUCUGAGCAUCACCAGCGGGAUGCCCACAAACUACUCCCGACUGCCUCAAAGCACAACCGCUACCUUAAGGAAAGAGGAAUCCACGACAAGUGUUCUCAACGCCCGCGUGCCCUCCAGAGCAAGUACCUGUGAGAUGUAUUUGUUUUGUGUCGUGAUGCUUAACGCAGCAGCAGCCUUUAUGGGCUAA